AUGCCUAGGCAACCGUACAUACUAACCGGGGAGCUCUUCUUGGAAUAUUCGUAUAAUCAGCUGGUUGUCCCCAAAAUGCUCAUCAAUACGGUAUUGCGGCUGCUCGCCUCCCGUUCAAGUGUAGACAAAGCCAUGAAGACUGCUAGAUCACAAUAUUUCUUUCUCCAUUUGACUGCUAGAGUAACAGAUCAUGUAAGAAAAUGUCAGCUAUGCCUGCUUUACAAAGUUCCUUCAUCAGCGUCAGGCCUUGCUCUCACCUACAACAUGCCGACAUGCCCGAAAGACUAUUCCAGUGCGUCAGUGUCAAUGUCUUUUCAGGGUUUUCUGUCCACUGCCAACAAAAGAUAUUUUUCGCUAUUCUGUGAACUUGUUCCUAUCCCUGACAAGUCUGCAACUUCAAUCGCCUGUGUAUUUUUGGAGAACAUUUGCCGACACAAUACCCUGGACAAGAUCAUAUCUGAUAAUGGGACUGAUUUCAAUAGCUCACUUAUGUGGUUCCUCUGUAAUAAGUUCAACUUCAAGAAAAUAAAUGUAUUACCUUACAGGCCCCAGGCUAAUGACAUCAUAAAAAUGUUGAAUAGGAAAAUACUAAAAAUGCGUAUAUCUUUUCGGUUUAAGCUUAUAUCAAGGAGUUACCGUAUUAUCGUUGUUUUUCUUAGCUCAUAA